UUAAAAAUGGGUAUAAAUACUUGUUGGGCCGUGAAAAAAAUCAAGUAUCAGUAAAAUGAAGUCCUUAUCAAUAUUGUCUUUAUUCGCCAUAAUAAUCGGAAUUAGUUUCCCGAUUGUUUCGGGAAAAAAUAUAAUCUGCUAUUUUGCCAGUUGGACGGUUUAUAGAACAAGUUAUGGUAAAUUUGACGUUUCAAAUAUAGACCCGUCUCUAUGUACUCACUUUAACUUUGCUUUUAUCGGAUUAAACGAAGAUGCCUCCAUCCACAUAUUGGAUUCGUGGGAAUCCGAUGCCCAAGGCGGUUAUGAGGGUUUUAAACAUUUGGUGGCGUUGAAAGAACAAAAUCCAGAUUUAAAAAUAUGUGUUAGCAUGGGUGGGUGGAACGAAGGUUCUAAGACAUACUCAAAAGUAGCUGCUGAUCCAGAAAAAAGAGCAACUUUAGCUCAAAAUGUUUUGAAGUUUAUUAAAGAAUGGGGAUUUGACGGAUUCGAUUUAGACUGGGAAUAUCCCACUAGAAGAGGAGGAAAUGAUAUUGAUAAAGAUGAUUUAACCGAACUUCUAAAAGAACUUCAUAACGUUCUGCAUCCUGAAGGUUAUUUGCUUUCCAUUGCUGCAGCUGGUGGUUACGAUAAAAUUAUUCCUGGAUAUGAUAUACCCGCAAUUAACGAGGUGGUGGAUAUGAUAAACGUUAUGGUUUUCGAUUUUCAUGGUGCUUUUGAAUAUGACGUCGGUCAUUUGUCUCCUUUAUAUGCUGCCGACGUGGAUAGACUCUAUUACGAUAAUAUAACUUACAACGUGGAUUUCGGUAUCCAAACUUGGUUGAAUUUAGGUAGUGUUCCAGAAAAGAUAAAUUUGGGCAUCGUAUUUUAUUCACGGACAUUCACAUUGGCAGAUAAUAGAAAUACGUCACUUUAUGCUCCUAUAAAAGGUCCAGGGAAAGCCGGACCAUACACUAAUCAAGAAGGUUACCUAGGAUACCACGAAAUUUGCGAAUUUCAUUUAAAUUCAUCUACAUACGUUUGGGACGAAGAACAAUUAGUACCUCACAUUUAUUGGGACGACCAAUGGGCUGGCUUUGAAGAUCCGCGUUCUUUGACAGAAAAAGUUAAAUACGCCAUCGAUAACGAUUUAGGAGGUGUCAUGAUUUGGUCUUUGGACUACGACGAUUUUAGAGGAAGAUGCGGAAAGAAGUAUUUGUUAUUAGAAACUGUCAAUUCUGUUCUUAAAGAAUAUUCUUAAUUUUUGAAAAUAUAUACUUAAUAAACGUAUACAAGAAGCA